AAAACAAAUCAGGUGGUAGUCAAUAUGGCGUACUGUACACUAUUCCUAGUAGCUCGAUUGGUGCAAAAAGUGGUUUUUGGCGAACUUCGUGUUAGCGAACAACAGCACUUGAAGGACAAAUUUUGGAAUUUUGUCUUUUAUAAGUUUAUCUUCAUAUUUGGAGUUUUAAAUGUACAGAAACUAAGCGAAGUAGGAAUGUGGUGUGCUUGGUUUUCCUUGGUGGGAUUUUUACACUUUUUUACGCAAUUAUGCCGUGAUCGUUUUGAUUAUUUAACUUUUUCUGCUACAUUCAAUACUGGCACACAUGGACGUGUUUUAUUAUUAUUGCUGGGUAUCUUGGGUUCAUGCUUUACUUUAAUGGGUAUAUCCUAUCAUGUUGGGUUAGAAGUCGGAUUAAAUACCUUUGCCUUUAUGAUCGUUGAGUGUUUUCUGUUGGCCUUAAAUGCGUUGAAUUGUCUUAUAAGAUAUGGCAUUCACCUGUGGGAUAUUGGUCAUGAAGGUGUUUGGGAGAAUCGUGGCACUUAUUUAUAUUAUACCGAACUAGUCAUUGAAUUGGCUGCAAUUUUUAUUGAUUUUUUCCAUCAUCUUCACAUGUUGAUUUGGACUAAUUUCUUCCUAAGCAUUGCAAGUUUGAUUAUAUGCAUGCAGAUGCGUUUUCUAUUUUACGAGUUUCGACGACGGGUGGCUAAACACCAAAACUAUGUACGGGUUAUGACGAAUAUGGAAGCAAAGUUUUCAAUGGCAACACCUGAAGAAUUGAAAGAGCAUCAAAAGUGUGCAAUAUGUUGGGAAAAGCUGGAAAGUGCUAGAAAAUUGCCGUGUACACACUUGUUCCACAGUUCUUGUUUGCAGUCAUGGUUAGAACAAGAUACAACAUGUCCGACAUGUCGACUUUCGUUGGCAGAUAUAUGUCCGGAUACUCAACAUGUUGACAGCAGGUAUCAGGAAGGUCCUUACUCUAUGCAUGGUCAAGCAGCGGGGGCAGAUGGAAAUUUAGUAGUUAAUGCACGGAAUCAUUAUUUUCAUUUCGAUGGGUCACGAAUCGCUAGUUGGAUGCCUAGCUUCUCUGUUGAAGUUACUAGCAAUCGCGAAAUGAUGAUGCCACACCAAACCGAAGCCAUGGCAAUGCAAAUACAUUCCAUGUUUCCCAAUUUUUCCUUAAACGCCAUUACAGCUGAUUUAAACCUCACCCGUUCCAUAGAAAUAACUACUGAUAACAUAUUAGAAGGUCGCUUAAAUGUUGCGGAGGUAAUUGCCAAUCAGAAAUGUGUAGCUACCCUGUAA